AUUAAGUCGCGUUACUUAUAGAAAAUCGUCGAUCAUCGUCGAUAUUUUGGCUAAGGUAUAUAUACCUCAACGUUCUGUCGAAAUUAAGCAGAGAGUUUCCAAAAUUCGGGGUGUUUAGUCGAACGAACAAUACUAGUCUACAUUCAAAAUGACAAUUAAGUGCGGAGACAAACUACCAAAUGUUUAUUUGCAUGAAAAUACUCCCGAUUCGAAAGUAAACAUCUCAGAGCUAGCUGCCGGUAAGAAAGUAAUCAUCGUCGGGGUCCCCGGUGCCUUCACACCUUGCUGCUCCAAGGAUUAUGUACCAGAUUUUAUUUCCGAUUGUGGCAAGUACAAAUCCAAGGGAGUCGAUGAAAUCCUUUGUAUUUCCGUAAACGAUCCUUAUGUAAUGGCUGCAUGGGGAAAAGAUCUCAACGCAGGUGAAAAAGUUCGUAUGCUAGCGGAUGGCAACGGCGCUUUCACGAAAGCCUUGGGCCUUGAAAAAGAUUUUGCGGAUACUUUGGGCACCAGCAGCAGCAGGUGCAAACGUUUUUCGAUGUAUGCAGAAGACGGAGUGGUAAAGAAAUUGUUCGUUGAACCUGAUGGCCACAGCGUCACUUGCUCGAAAUCUGAAAAUCUUUUGUCGCAGUUGUAAGCAAGUAAAUAGCUAACUAAAAGAUUAGUUGUAACGCUACAGAGUAAAAAUACACAAAUAUUCAGUUUA